AUGUUCAAUGAACUAGACGAAGAAGGGAUAUUAUUGCUAAUAAACCGAAAGCAAAUACGGUACGUAAAGAACGCCUACUGGAAAGACGGAGGAGUACUACUUGAAGGAUCUCAAAUCGUGGAGACAUCGUCAUCAGUCUACCUUGAACGUCCUAUGAAUAUGGAGAGCAACACAGAGGAAGAGCUGAAUACAAGGACGAGAGUAGUAUUCGCACCCCUCAAAGAAGUUACCGACCAACUGACAGAGCAAGAGCUCCGUCCCAUCUGUUCGAAGAGACAGUACUUCCAGCGCUCUGUUACACAGCGAAAAAAGUGA